CAGAAACUCUACCGGGAUGUGAAGCUACUUCACCACUCCAAACCCACCACACCACCAUUAUUCAUAUCUCAUUCUCUAACCUUUCACUCUGCCUUACUCACUCUCUACUUUGCUCAUCAUCGUAGAUGAACCAACACUUCUAGUCUCUCUUACUUUAUAACCAUGUAAAAAUGAGUCACCUAAUGAAAAAUUAGUAGCUUCUUGUUGUGCUUUUUAUUUUGUUUGUGUUGAGAUAAAUUUGUUUGUUUGUUUGGUAUUGUUUUGUGUUUUAUGAAUUAUUUGAUGGGUGAAGAAGGAGAAGUGGUGAGAAAGCAAGGACAAAGGGGUGUUGGUGGAGAUAAGUGGUACUUGUAUAGCUGCUUACAAGACUGUAAAUAUUGGUGCUGUUUAAUACACGAGACUAGUUCUCUUUCGAUGGUCCCUUUUGAGUGAAAAACCUUGUCUUCUCAGCUUUCUUUCGAGAGAUCUUAAAGACAUUGACUAACAACAAUAAAGUGGAUCAAUCAAAAGACUUACUUCUUCUUCUAACAACAAUAAGAUCACAUCUUUCCCACUCAUGAAGAGACUUAGCAGCUCAGAUUCUUCCAGUGCCCUCAUGACAAUUUGUCCAUCAACAGAGGAACAUAGUCCGAGGAACAGCCAACACAUGUAUGGUAGGGAGUUCCAAUCGAUGUUGGACGGACUCGACGAGGAAGGGUGUGUUGAAGAACCGGGGUAUCAAUCUGAGAAGAAGCGUCGUCUAAGUGUGGAUCAAGUGAAGGCUUUGGAGAAGAACUUUGAGGUUGAAAACAAGCUUGAACCUGAGAGGAAGGUGAAGCUUGCCCAAGAACUUGGGUUGCAACCUAGACAGGUAGCCGUAUGGUUCCAAAACCGUCGAGCCAGAUGGAAAACCAAACAAUUGGAGAGAGAUUAUGGUGUACUCAAAGCCAAUUAUGAUGCUCUUAAGCUUAACUUUGACACCCUCGAUCAGGACAACGAAGCCUUACGAAAGCAGGUUAAGGAAUUGAAAUCGAGGCUGCUGCAAGAAGAGAACACAGGAGGAAGCGGUGUUUCGGUGAAGGAAGAGAUAAUAACGAGGCCUGCAGACUCAGAAGACAAAACGAUGGAACAAAGUAAGAGUGACCCAUCUUCUGAAACCUCAAAUAUUAAUCCUAGUUCGGAGUCGGAGGAGGAUCACUUGAACUACGAGUGUUUCAACAACAACGACGACUGCGUCGGAGGAACCGCCGCAUCGCUCUUGCAAGUGGACUUCAAAGACGGUUCUUCCGACAGCGACGGAUCAAGCGCGAUUUUGAACGAAGACAACAUGUACUCUCCCUUGAAAUUCAACAAUUGCUCCAUAUCAACCUCGCCGUCAUCGUCUUCGAUGAUGAACUGUUUUCAGUUCCAGAAACCGUAUCAUCACCACGCGCAGUACGUGAAGAUGGAGGAGCACAAUUUCCUCAGCGCGGAUGAGGCCUGCAAUUUCUUCUCGGAUGAACAAGCACCGACCCUUCAAUGGUACUGUCCAGAACAGUGGAGCUGAGAAAAGAAACAUGGAAAUUAAACCGCUUUUAGAAAUUUUUGUUUGAAGGUAGAAAAUGAAAUACUGUGCAAAAGAAAAAGAGAGAACAGAGAUCAAUGGCUGCAUGGCGUGGGGUCGGAGAUGGAAGGUUGAUUAUUACUACUCUCGACCGUGCGGCAGGGGGUAAUAUUAAUAAUUAUUCAAUCGUAAAGCAAACCAUGCUGUAAAAACAAAUUUCCAUUCAAGUAUGGAAUAACGGUGUAGUACUUUUUUAAUAAAUAAAAAAAACAACAACAACGGUGUACUACUUUUAGGAAAGAGAAAACAAAAAAAAAAAUAAUUAAAUCGGUUAAACAAUAUCCUUUUGCCUCA